AUGGUCAACAAAGUUGUGGUAAACGAAAACAAUGUUCUACCAGUGUCCGUUGUGCUGACAAAAGCGACGUCACACUUCGAAGGCAUUGAUCAAGACGGGCUCAGUUUAACGGCAACGGUUCUAGAGAGAAUAGGAAAUGUUACCAAUCCAAGUCUCGAGGUGACCUUAAACGUCAUCAAGACUGUCGACAACGUUCUCAAUCUGCCAUACGAAAUCUUCGAAGAGAAUGAUGAUGAUGCUGCGGGAAGGAUCCUCCAAACCUUCGAGACACAGCUGACGUACGUCCAGGAAAACCUGACGAUCGACUACCUGACGAACCUAGCAGUCGAUGUCGUCGUACUUGGAGCAGAUUCUGACGCCGAUGCCGGCAUUAGCUACGCUAGCAUCCCAAGAGGCGGGGUCAUCGAUGACACUCUGCAGAACAAUGAGGAUCGGCUGGAUUCGGCGAUCGAACCACGGAAUGACGCCGAAGCAUUUAUUGGUCUUCCCGGCGAAGCUCUAGAUCUUGUUGAUGAGCAAGUUGUCUUCGCCGUGUACCUGACCUCCAAGCUGUUUCAGUUAGCCACACCCGAGUCCCUGAGCUUUCCUGACGGGCGACAACUGUUGGUGAACAGUCGCAUCAUAUCAGCUAUCGUCGGAGACAGAGAUAAAAUCAUUGAAAACCUAUUGAGCCCUGUUGUAACGUCUUUCAUUUCUCUGGACACAUCACACACAGGUGAGUCAAUCUGUGUCUUUUGGGACACUGCUUCCAGCAACUGGUCCACCGAGGGAUGUACUCGGUCCACGGUCAGCCCUGGUCAACGUUCCGUGGCCUGUGACUGCAAUCACCUGACUAACUUUGCUAUUUUACUGAGUUAUUACGGGGACAUUGACAACUUUGCGUUGGAUGUCAUCAGCAAGGUCGGCUGUGGAAUAUCCAUCGCGGCUCUGGUUCUGACCAUUUUGACCAGCUUGGUGCACCGUGAGCUAAGAAACAAACCAGCCAAGAAGUCUUUGAUCAACCUGUGCGUGUCCCUGCUAGCCUUGUACGCGGUCUUUCUGGCCGGUAUAGACCGGGCUCAGUCCCCGGUCACCUGUGUCAUCAUGGCCGCUCUGAUCCACUACUUCUUUCUGACCUCCGUCUGCUGGGCCUCGGCCGAAGCCAUUAAUAUGUACUACCUUCUGGUCCUCGCGCGCAGGGAACUGAUGCCUAGAUUUCUACUGCAGGGGAUGGUGUUCAGUUGGGGUAUUCCGAUGGUGAUCGUGGCCCUUACUUUCGUGGUGCUGUACCUAGUCACUGGACACUGGGAACUUGAGAGCAAAUACUGCUUCUUGACUCCUGGCAACGCACUCUACUUCGGCGUCCUCCUCCCAGUUGGUAUGAUGCUUCUCUUCAACGUCUUCAUAUUCAUCCUCAUCGGGCGUCGUCUCGUCUGUCAGCGCAUCAAGACCUCAAAGACACGACAAGAGACCCACCUGGAGAAAGUUAUCCGUCACGGUCGAACCAUGCUUCUGAUAAGUCUGCUACUGGGGGCGACUUGGCUAGUCGGGUUCCUGGCGGUUAAGGAGGCAACCUACGUCUUUCAGUGGAUCUUUGCCGUUCUCAACUCACUCCUUGGCCUGGCUAUCUUCCUGUUCUUCAUUGUUAGACAGAAGACGGGCAGGGAAGGGCUGAGGAAGCUCCUCUGCGUUGAUAAGAUUAGAAAGAUCACACGCACGCGGGCCUCACCUGCAAUCCAUAUGCGUGGAACCACGAAUCAGGGUGUUAAUGUCACACCAAUGUAAUGGGUACAAACUGCAAGAUAUACACAUCGAACCAGUAGGUUUACACAGGUUCUUUUACGAUCCUCCC